UCAAACAAGCGGAAGCGGUAGCGGCGGUAGAAGAAGUAACAGAGCAUCACAUUUAUUAUUUGUCAGGUUUAGCUUCAAAGAAGAGUUUUACCGAUGGAUUUAGAGACCGGAACGUACGAACCGGGAUUUGUUGGGAUACGGUUUUGUCAAGAAUGUAACAACAUGUUGUAUCCCAAAGAAGACAAGGAGAACCGUAUCCUGCUUUAUGCGUGCAGGAACUGUGACUACCAACAGGAGGCAGACAACAGCUGCAUCUAUGUCAACAAGAUCACCCAUGAAGUCGAUGAGUUGACACAAAUCAUCGCUGAUGUAUCUCAGGAUCCCACACUACCCAGGACAGAGGACCACCCCUGUCCCAAAUGUGGUCACAAGGAGGCAGUGUUCUUCCAGUCUCACAGUAUGAAAGCUGAGGACGCUAUGAGACUGUAUUACGUCUGCACGGCCCCUCACUGUGGACACAGAUGGACAGAGUAAAGCUACUGAUAAUGAAGAGGUCUACAGUAUUGCUGUUCACAAGAAAAAAUACUCAAGCUCAAACAGAGCCUUUGUAUUUCUUACUGUGCAGCCUGUUGUCAGCAGCACUGCUGAUUUUUGCAGACC